AUGGUUGUGAAAGUGUAUGGUCCAGUCAAGGCAGCCUGCCCUCAGAGGGUUAUGGUUUGUCUUUUGGAGAAAGGAGUGAAUUUCGAAAUUGUUGAUGUUAAUCUUGAGGUGGGAGAGCAAAAGCGACCUCAGUUCCUCUCCCGUCAGCCGUUUGGUCAAGUUCCAGUAGUAGAAGAUGGUGAUUUCAGGCUAUUUGAAUCUAGGGCUAUUAUCAGAUACUACGCAGCCAAGUAUGCCGACCGUGGUCCCAACCUAUUGGGAACAACCCUGGAGGAGAAGGCUCUGGUGGAUCAGUGGCUGGAAGUAGAAGCUCACAAUUUCAAUGACUUGGUUUACACUCUGGUACUUCAACUUCUGGUGCUGCCUCGCAUGGGGGAGCGUGGUGACGUGGCCUUGGUCCAUGCAUGUGAGGAGAAACUGGAGAAGGUGUUCGAUGUUUAUGAGGAAAGAUUAUCAAAGAGCAGCUAUCUGGCUGGAGAAGCUUUCACUCUGGCUGAUCUGAGCCAUCUUCCAGGGAUAAGAUAUCUGAUUGAUGAAGCUAAACUGGGGCAUUUGGUGACUGAGAGGAAGAAUGUGAAUGCUUGGUGGAAAGACAUAUCCAACAGGCCUGCUUGGAAGAAACUAAUGAGCCUUGCUAGUGACUAG